AAGCACUGACUUAAUGUACUCAAAGAUGGCAGUGAUUCGUUGCUGCGGGUCCAGAAAUGCAUGACGGGCAUUGACUCCCCCCCGGGGCAGCCAUUCUUCAAUCCUCUUUUUCAUGACGGUUCCCCAACCUUUUCAGGUGAAUAAAAAAUUGGAUUAAAUUUAAUGUGUUGUUUUUGGUCUGUGUUAUACAAGACAUCCAGGUCCCCUUUACAUGACUUAAAUGUCUAUCAGUAUCUGAUUUUUCAACUAUUCUUCUAUGUUUCUAUUACUCCAUGUUUUGUCUCUCAUCAUGAUGUUGCGCCCGGCGGAUCAACAUAUUACCCAAAAAGGAUAAAGUGGCAAUUCGCGUGCCGCGUUUCUCACGCCUCUUAGCCAUCCUGACCCUUACCUAUGCUCUCAACAUACCAGGAUAAUGCAUCCAAGCCCGACCUUUGUAUGAUAGGGGCCUUUCAGUCGUUUAUAUCCAGUCCUAUUGGUUUACUACAAUAAGGCUCUUGGUGAGCCACCUCAAGAUGCAUCACUCUCAGCUCGCCCCGCUGCCAAAUGAUUUGCCCUUUCGCAUUGUCUCCAAGACAAUCGGCCAGGGUGCCUACGCAUGCAUAAAAAAGGCGUCUCCAUCGCACACAGAUAGUCCUAUCUUUGCCGUGAAGUUCAUCCAUAAAGAAUAUGCCGCUCGACAUGGCAAGAUCAGCCCACGGCAAUUGCAGAUGGAAGCGACAGUGCAUAAGCACAUCGGUGAUCAUAAUAAUAUAAUAUCAUUCUUUCAAACCGGAGAGGAUGACGUCUGGCGAUGGAUCGCCAUGGAAUUGGCCGAGGGAGGUGAUCUUUUUGAUAAGAUUGAAGCCGAUGAAGGCGUAGGGGAAGAUAUCGCCCAUGUGUAUUUUUCACAACUUGUCAGCGCAGUGGGAUACAUGCACUCGAAGGGUGUGGGCCAUCGUGAUAUUAAGCCUGAAAACAUGCUCUUGACAGCCGACGGAAAUUUGAAAAUCGCUGAUUUCGGCCUGGCAACCCUGUUCGAGUAUAAAGGGGUGACAAAGCUUUCCACCACCUUUUGCGGAAGUCCACCUUAUAUUGCACCGGAGGUCAUUACCUGCAGUAGCAAAAAUCAUAUGAAAGGGAUAGGCUAUCGUCCAGAUUUGGUCGAUAUCUGGUCAUGCGGAAUCGUUCUCUUCGUUCUCCUGGCUGGCAAUACGCCCUGGGAUAGCCCCACAGAAAACAGCUACGAGUUCCAUGAAUAUGUUGUAUCAAACUCACGGACAAGUGACGAACUAUGGCAAACGUUGCCAGUUGCGACUUUAUCAUUACUACGGGGCAUGCUCAAUAUCGAUCCCGCAAGUCGGUUCUCUUUGGAAGAUGUCCGAAGACACCCUUGGUAUACACGACAAAACCGAUUCUUAUCUCCGAAUGGCAGACUUCGAGAUCCGAUCAACAUGGCUACAACAAUGUUCGAGUCUCUUCGUAUAGACUUUUCUCAGGAUCCACUCGCUCGGCGGGCGAAUAGCGGUGUCGAUCCAUGUCGAAUGGCCAUGGACAUAGGAGACAUGGACACUGACUUUAGGAUCUCGUCGACGCAACCUGAGAUGCCGAAAGGUGGCAUGCUGGUUGAUUGGGAUACACCUCAUUUAACCGAUGUCUUUUCAUCUACUCAACCGACAGGGCAGCCCCUCUCUGCCGACGAUACCUUCGUAGCCGACACGCUUGAAGAUGAACCGUCCAUGUCGCAGUUUUCCCCUCAUCCUUGCGUGCCACUUAGCCGAACGCAGAAGGCACAGCAGUUCCGUGACAUAGUUCCAUCGCGGCCCCUGACUCGCUUCUUCUCCACGUGGGAACUCAAGAUCCUUGUGCCGCUCAUCUGCGAGGCUCUGCAUCGCUUGGGGGUGCCCGUUCCCUCGGUGCCCGCAGUCUCCGCAGGCGACACAUCUGCAAUGAUAAGGAUUAUGACCAAAGAUGGUCGGAUGUGCACACUGCAGGGUAAAGUCAUUAUCGAAUGUGUAUCGGAGGGCCUAUUUGAGAUCGAGUUCAUGAAAGUGAAAGGUGAUCCGCUUGAAUGGCGGCGUUUCUUCAAGCGAGUGGCAAUUCUUUGCAAGGAUGCUGUCUACAAGCCUGAUGACUAAAGGGUGUCACUACAUAUCCACUCUUCAAACUCCCUAAAGGCUCAGGCUGACUAUUUACUUCUUUUCAUUUGGGACUUAGUAUUCGAUUUUCUCGUGUAUGAUUAGUAUGAUUUAUGAUGGAUCGGGUAAAGGGAUAUCAAUUGGAAUUAAGGAACCUACGGGUGCGCUUAGGUUAUUGGUGAUUUAUACAGAGUGAAGUAAUGCAAGGAAUAGCGUGGAGUCC